CUAUAUUGCUGAAUAAUCAAAAAAACAAAAAAAAAAACAAAAAAAAGGGAAAAGUGGAAUGGUGACUCUGGUUGGUGGGGGUAAUGGAGGAGGGCAGGGAAGAUUUGAAGUCAAUAAUGGGGUACUUGCCGUUGGUAUGGCGGUCGUCGUGUAUAUUCUGGCCGUCACAAACGGUGGAAGCACUGAAGGUGAUAGCCGGAGGACCUGAGCAAAGCCAUAUUGAUUCCGGGGAGCUCCUAUUCGUCGCCAUUUCCGAUCUCAGGCACUCUCUUUCACUCUCCGCUGAGCCUUUGGCUCCCUCUGCACCUGACGGUUACGGCCUCUUCUUCAACCAGCUAAUUUCCAGUGAGGAAUCGAGUAAAUGGUUUGAAGAGGUUGUUCCGGCAUUGGCGAAUUUGCUCUUGAAAUUGCCCUCCCUGUUAGAAUUGCACUACCAAAAUCAACACGGUUUUGGGCUUCGUCUUCUGGAUUCUCAACAACCUGGAACAGUGCUUCUCGGCCAGGAACUCAUCGGCGCUCUUCUUGGAUGCUCUUUCUUUUGCUUGUUUCCCGUCAGUAAUAGAGGUCCCAGAGAUCUUCCAACUAUCAACUUUGAUCGUUUGUUUGCGUGUCUAUAUGACCAUUAUAGUCUAAAGCAGCAGAGUAAAAUAAGGUGCAUUAUACACUAUUUUGAAAGGAUUUGUUCGCAUAUGCCUGCUGGAUAUGUGUCCUUUGAGCGGAAAAUACUUCCUCUAGAACGUCCUUUUCUAUCCAUUUCUUACCCAAAUGCCGCCUUUUGGAGCACUUCUCGCACUCCUUUAUGCCGCUUGGAGGUUUGCAGUUCAGGCCUGAUAGAAGACCAAUCCAGUGCAGCUCUUGAAGUGGAUUUCGCAAACAAGUAUAUUGGAGGUGGUGCUCUUCAUAGUGGCUGCGUACAGGAAGAGAUCCGUUUCAUGAUCAAUCCUGAAUUAAUUGCUGGGAUGCUCUUCUUGCCUUCCAUGGCAGAUAAUGAGGCUAUAGAAAUUCUAGGAUCAGAAAGGUUCUCAAAUUACACAGGAUAUGCUUCUUCAUUCCGUUUUUCUGGUGAUCACGUGGACAAAAGGGAAGUAGACUCAUUUGGAAGACGUAAAACCAGGAUCAUUGCAAUCGACGCGUUAUGCAGCCCAGGGAUGAGGCAAUAUAAACUAGAGUGCCUCCUUCGGGAGGUUAAUAAGGCAUUUUGUGGUUUUCUUGAUCAAUCUAAAUAUCGGCAGUAUGAGAGACUGUCUCAGGAUAAUGGAUAUUGUGGAGCUCAGCAUUAUCUAGAUAUUAAAGAACCCUAUUACAUGACCAGGGAUGCUCUUCUGGUGAAUGAAGCUACAUCAACUUCAGUUGAAAUAUAUGGAGGAAAUUUAGAAAAUGUAGCCUUGAGAAAUUCUCAGGAGAAAAGUUGUCAGUCUCUGGUCCAUGAAGACAAUCUAGGUGUUGUGACUGGGAAUUGGGGAUGCGGUGCAUUUGGAGGAGAUCCUGAACUGAAGGCAAUAAUUCAAUGGCUUGCUGCUUCUCAGGGGUUAAGACCUUUCAUUUCCUACUACACGGUUGGCCUGCAGGCACUCCAUAACCUUAAGCAGGUGAGUGAAUGGAUACUGUCGCAUGAAUGGACGGUUGGGGAUCUCUGGAAUAUGGUAGCAGAGUACUCGUUGCAAAGAUUGAACGGAAAAAUCAUUGAUGUUGGCUUCUUUACUUGGCUCCUUCCAUCUCUAUCUGCCAAUCAUACCAGCAUCUCGGAUUUGCUAGAUACAACCUAAUUUGGCUUUUUUUUUUUUUUUUUCCUCCUUCUAUCCGAGAUGUUUUUACACAAGAAAUGUAAAAAGGAUACUGCAAUCAAUAUACUAGCUCGAACUCUUGUUAUUACCCAAAAAAAACACAAAAAACAAAGAAAACUAAAACAAAAACUAAAACUAAACAAAACAAACAAAACAAGCUUGAACUCAUACUUUUAAUUUUUGUCUUUUAUACAGUUUCAGUUCGGCAUCGUUUCAGCUAUUUUUUGUUGUGGGGGACCAAAAAAAUUCUUAUUGUUAUUAUUAUUAUUUUUGGGUAACUUUUAUGUCAUAAUAUUCAGUGGGUGAAAUUGGUAAUUUAACAUGUA